GCAAGGCUAGACAGGCAGUAUGGCGGAGGAGGGCAGUGUGUACGAGUUAGAGGGGCUAGAGACACAAUUACAGAGUUUGUUAAGCCGCCACUCAAGUGAUGAGUUGCGUGCCGACAGUAAACCGUUCUGCUCCGACUUUUGCAAGCUGGUGGAGGAGUACACUUCUCGCUGGCAGGUGCCACUGCCUCAGCUCAGGAUCCUUGAGAUAGCUCUCUGCUACUUUGCUCGAGCCUCCACUUCCUUCACAUCAAACUGUGAUCAUGUGCUCCACACACUCAGUAGUCUGGCCUUGAGUGUUUUUGAGUUGCUGCUGUUCUUUGACCUGGAUGACUUCCAUCAGGAGCCACUGAAACAAUUCACUGUUACAUUCCAGGAAUGUCAUUUGGCCCUUGCGAGUUAUCAGAAUGUUCACUUACUUCAGGUGGAGUGUUUGGUUCAGGGUGGCGGGCCUUGGGCCAGCUCAGUCUUACAGGCAAUCCUCAGUGAGUCCAGUUUACCUCAGAAUGAAGUGGAUGGGUGCAUCAGCUCUGAGCUGCCGGUGUUCUUCGAGCUUCGGGUGCGCUACCUUUUAUCCUGCGAGCGGGUCAGUGAGGCCAUGGCCCUGGCUAAGUGUUGUGCUCGGCAUCCCACAGCAGGACAACACUUGUUCUUCCUCCAGGUCUACCUCACGUGGCUUUACAAAACGUCACAGCAUGACCGCCUACGUAAAGAGAUGGAUGACUUUAAUGGUAAAGAUGCAGUUCACAUCAUCUGUAGUUUGGAGUGUGAGGAAAAAGACGACCUGCUGCUAGCCCUCAGCAGAUCCUUCCUCUUCCAGCAGCUCCGCAGGGGAGAUAUGUACUAUCUGUGUGAUCUUGUCUUUAUAUGGAGUAAACUUCAUAGUCGGUUGAAUACAUCCAAGGAUGCUCUACUUGAGGAGAGUCAUCAGCUGAUGCUGUCUGCCACUAAUGUCAACUCAAUCUUCCCAUUCAUCAGAGCCAUACUGCAAGAGCUGGGUGAAGAUGGUAUCCAGUUCUGCGUGGAGCUUUGUGCUAAUGCCCUGGAGUCUUGCCUUCCCUGUGAUGUCAUUACCAAGUCCCUAAUCUACAAAACCAUUGCUGGCCUGCUUCCCAAUGACCUGGAGGUUUCCCGGGCAUGUGCUCUUCUCGUCUUCUUCCUCGAACGCACUGUUGAGGCCUACAAGAUGGUGUACCUUCUUUACAUGCAUCCUGAUCAGGAGUACCACGUGGAGAACAAUCCCAUCGGAAAUCAUGUUCGCUUUGAAAUGCUUCAGGUCUUGAAGAAAGACCUCUAUUUUGACCCAGAGUUUUGGAACCUCAUUGCUUUGCGGACCAAUUGUUUGAAGUUGAUGAGUGAGAAAGUGGUUAGUGCUGCCCUUGAAGAAAUCAUGGAGGACAAAUGGAUCCACAACUAUUGCACCAAAGAGCUUGGUUUCCGGUCAAGCACAUCAUUAUGUCAGAAAGGCAGUAAAGGGGCAGCAGCAAAGAAGCGGCACCAUAAAGAGGACAGACAUCAUAAAGAUGACACUGACACAGCAUCCAAAAGACUGAAAGUGGGCCCAGGGAAGUCCUCCUAA